AUGAUAUAUGGAAAUGGCAGGAAAAAGGACUUACACCGUGUACGUCACAUAGAAGGAGUCUGUGAGAAAAUCCACAAGGGUACUGUCCGCGUGGGAUUCUGGGUCGGUAAUUGUGCUAGUUACGGAUCUGCUGAUGCUUACACAGGCUGGAACUCAGUAUCCCGGAUAUACGUGGAAGAAGUACCUCCCCCACAGGCUUAAUAACAGCAGAGCCACAGUUUUUGUUUCACUUUCAAACAUAACCAUGAACAGAGUAAUAUUUCGGGGGUAAUCAGUAAGCAAACUGAAGUAAAUUUUGAUUAUUAGAGCCAGGGGUUUAGGUUUCCGCAUUAUUUCUCUUUUGAAAGUGCAGGAUUUCAAGCUCAGAAGCUUACAUUACAUGUUACAAGGUGACAGCAAUGUUUGAACGAAUUUGUUAUCUCAGUAAAUAAAAGGGCUUUAAAAUAAAAUAGAUUGCGUGCAAUAUGAAUUUACUACCCUUCCCGACCUUUAUUUUCCCUUUGUUAUCUUCUUCUUGAUUGUUUGGUUUAUCAUUUAAGAUUAUUUUUCUGUGCUUAUAUUCAGUUACAAUUAAGUAACAGAAGUUAGCGUCAAAUUCCGAGCGAUUAGUUAUCUUCAGCUGAAGGUCCAAAAAAAGGGGCACUCAAUGACCGACCCUGUUUGGUAAAUUUGGAGGUUCCCUAAAUACUAUUUAUCUGUUUGGAUGUCUCAGGGGAGGUUUAAUCGUCUCAAAAGUUUGAGGUGGCGUUUUUGUCUCAUCUGCUCUGAAACUGUUAGCUACCCUGAUGGGUCCGAUCGUAAGUUUGAGGACAUGGAGGUAGCCGCACCUUAAAUCGAAGAUUCUACUGCGGAACGUUUUGAAUUUUUACCGAAAUAUUUGGGAGACCUUUUUAAACAAUAAUCGCGCGCAAUGUCUUGGUAAUAAAAUGAAAAACAUAAACUCCCAAAUUGAAAAGAAUCGAAUGAAACCGAAUGUUUUAGAGGAAUGUAAUUUUUACCCACAAAAUUCUAGCCUUUUUCGAGCUUAAGAAAGCUUUCGAGGCAUUCUUUUCUCUUUCGAACCGAAAUUUGGCUCGAAUUUCAUUUUGAAAGUGCGGCCAUGGGACUGUCGUUGCAAAAUGCUACUGAUAAUUUUAUACGUAAAGAGCUAAAACUGAGCUCGUAUGAAGAAUAAGGUUACGGAAAUAAGACCGCGAUGAUAUAAUGCUGAAUUCAGAACAGAGAAAGGUCUUUUCACACUAAAAUUUUAGUCACAGCCACAUCGUCGAGGAUGCCAAACUGUCACUCACGAAAUCAAAUUGUUGCUUGACCUUACUCGCUUAAUGAGACAAAAUAUUUUACUGUCAGGGUCUUCAAUCAGGUAAAUUUAUUCCUUUGUUGGGGAAAAAGAAAAGUGUUUGACCAGACAUCAAAACGGUUCACUUAUUGAAGGUAACUUUUACGCAUUCCCAAACUUUAAAAGCUACAAUUUAGCAUCUGGAACAAUGGAGCUGCAGCAUAGUCCCCCACUUACAAAAAGAUGUUUGGGUCUUUUUGGCUAAGCAGAAGAGCUUCCUUUUGGCUAGACAGAAAACGGCUUGGCUAGCAUCAGAAGAUGUGUUUCAGCGAAAUUCCCAAUAGCAAAUGGGUUAAUAAUAAUAGUAAAAAUAAUGCUGAUGACGUCGAUGACGAUGAUGAUGAUAAUAACAAUCGAAAAAGGAGAAGCUUAUCAUUUAGUUCCGAAGUCCAUUUUAUUGGUGAAUAUACGGGUAAUUUGGAAGGUGAACACUGCCUUGGAUUUAGUUCAAUCUUUUGAACUCAAUAAUGCCGUUAAACUGGGAAUGCACUUUUCCAGAAAGUUUCCAUGACCACCCAUUAGGCCACAAGGAUUAUACCUGAAGUGUUAUACAUCAGGCCUCAGUUGUUCAAAAGUUGGAACGAAUUAGUGUUACGGAAACCAAUUGCGCUAUGAGUGAGUUGAGUUGAGUAAUGAGUUGAUCUGUAUCAGUUUUUGAAGCCGUUGGAAAAACUCGCAGUCGUGUAUUAUCAGGUUGAAAAAUUCUUGGCUUCGCCUGGAGUUUUUAAACCUGAUAAUACACUACCCGCUUGUUUUUUAAACGGUUCACAUCAAAUUAUGAAAUAUUAAAAGUUGAAGUGAGAGAGGUCUUUCCAGAUAUUGACAUUUUUCCUCUCAUACAGUUGUAGCUACAUGGUUUGGUAGCAUAUUUUCUUGAAUAAAUAAAAGUGUCCUUAUGAACAUCGCCACACCCGGGUGGAAUAAAUAUGAAGAGGAGGUUAACUGCUCCCCAAAAAAUGAGGCUAACCCGAAGGGUGAGGGGGAAAUACAGCCAGGUGUGUGUUAUAACCUUGAUUAUAGCUCCCGUGCUAUCAAUGUUAUUUCUUCUGUAGGUCAUUAAAAACCUACGAUAAGUUUGAAGUUAUUCUGGAUAGAAACAUAAGCACGUAAUGCAGUACAUGUUUUGGAAGUACUUCAGUAGUUUAUAAAAGUAAUAGCAGCCCCUCCACUCCUCAUAGCGGGGAAAUCCGAAUGUCACAAAAAAAAAAUUGAUUUCAUUGUGAAAUGAUGCCAGACCAAGAGAAAGGAUUUCCUCCACUGCCUUACAUUUUAAACGUCAGAUUUUUUUAGUUACAAAUCCCUAAUAAGUAUUAGGAAAACCAACUACGUCAUCCACUGAAUAGAAACUUAUCCAGUAGAUAACGUUAUCCCUCUUUUGUAACAACUGGGGCCUGAACCUUUUCAAGAUUACAUACCGCCGAAAGUACAAUUCCAUCAAGAACGUCUUUUGACCAAAGCAUUUGCUGUUCUUGCGCACUCAUACAUCGGUUUUCGAUUGAAAACGUUAUUGUAGGAUGUCUAAAGAGCAAAAUAUCAUUGUAUUUUUUCUUUAUAAUAAGUCUGGCGGAAUGCAUGAGGCGGGGCAGGAGGGUCCUAAAAGAACUAGUCAUGUGGGAGGGUGAAGGAAACAUUAUAUUUAUUUAGAUAAAGAGCAAUCAGGGGACACCUUUUGACCAAUUGUUAUCUAAAAACCUGUUUGAUGGAUUCGAGAUAAAUAAACAGCACCUUAGUUGCCGUGAGUGUUUCAACUAGCUGGCGUUCUAGCAUUUGAAUUGUAAAAGCAGUCAGCAGCCUCUACCUAUUGUUUUACUUCGACUGAUCCAGGAUGAUACUGUGAGAUUACGAGGAAGAUUUACAUAGCAACAGUACUUAUCUCCGAAGAAGAAAGCUGUUUCGUUUAGGCUGAAUAUCUCUGUCGAUCCAGAAAGAUAGAUUUCCGGGGAGGGAAUUGUCGUAACAGAAAAACCGUGCCCAUACGUUGGAAAAUUGGAAUUAAGCCCCUCAAUUGGGUGUGGCUCCAGCUUGAUUUGACCACUGACUCGUCCCCAGUCGUCUCUUAUUAUUUCUAAGCGGUCAAGGAACGGUUGCGGGAGACUAUUACGGCAAUGGUGCGAAGGGGACGAUGGGAAGGUGAAAGGGGAAAUGAAGUCUUUUUCCUCCUUCCCAUCAUCCCCUGCACUUCCCUUUACCACGCUUCUCUCGUUAAUAUUAAUAGGAGACUGAGAGACAACUGGGGACGAGUCAGGAUUUGACCCCAAUACUCCAACUCAAUGACGGCAUUUAUUACUUUUAUUUAGCUUAAUCUUUAUGCACAACCCUCAGCAAUUUAUUAUGGGUUAAGAGUAAUCUCUUUCCUUUCUGAACACCCUAAGUCAGACCAAAAUCGGAAAUUUCUACUGCUAAAAGUGACGACGAGGAUCACCGUCAUUUUCAUAUGGGAAUCAGGCAUAUAAACAAUUAUUAAAAAAUUACAUCGAUUCGAGAUUCAUUCUGCCUUGGAACUUUCGCGCAGCGGCUUUAUUAGGCUGUCGCCUCGCAUCCUCGCGUCUUCGCGACGCUGUUCCUUAGCAAUAACUUAUUUCUACUUACAGUGGACUCCCGAUAACUCGAAACUUCAACGGAAAUCGAAAAAAGUUCGAGCUAUCGGGAAUUCGAGUUAUCGGGAGCUCGAAGAAAAUAGCCGGGAGUAAGGAAAAAAACAGUUUUUACGGCACAGUAACCAUUUUAAUCACAUUUAAUUGUAGAAAUGCCAAGUUAAAAUUAAAAGAUUCUUCUUGAUUAUAAAUCAGAGUGUAACGUAAUAAAUAGCUUAAUUAGAGCAUGCGUUUUACUGUUUUGAAAAGUAAAGCUGUUUCACGUUAGAUUUGUGACAAACAAGAUCAGCCUCCACUAGUUAACUAUAAUAUGCCUACAACACGUCAAUGGGAAAUUCAAAAUUCAAUGUUUCGAACGCCAGAAGACUUUUUUCCCCGACUUUUUAAGGUUUUAAGGGCUCAAACAUGGUUCGAGUUAUCGAGGGUAAAAUUGCGUAGAAAUGAUCUGAGGGGAAACAAAAACUACUUCGAGUUAGUGGGAGAUUCGAGUUUCCGAGGGUAAAAUUACAGUAAAUGUAUGACGAAAAUCCAGGGGAAAUCGAUUUUGGUUAGAGAUAGCGCGAGGUUCUGGUUAUCGAGAGUCAACUGUAUUCCUUCCUGGGCGUGAGUAGCGCGACUGAGUUCGGCAAGGCAGUAGCUGACUACAUUUGAAACACGCUCCAAGCCGUGGAAUGCCUAAGUGUGAGAUCGCGAGGAAAUACGAGUUGAACCAAAAUUAAGGGAAAUCAGUUUUUUUACCUGAUUUGCUACCGUACAUAAACAUCUAAGGUUCAUUUCGUUUCUAGUAGCUUCUGGUCUCAACUCCUUUGACAGUGUCUGAUCACAAGUAUCGAUCAUACAAUCAUACAAUUGAGCUAAUUGUCAGCGAAGUUUCUUUGUAAUCAUAAAUCAUUAAAAAUUUCACUGUUAACAUUAUAAUGGAACUAUAGUUUUUACAAAUCGCGCUCAGACUCAUGCUUGUAUCAGACGUUUAAGAGUUACAUGGAAUUUUUUUAAGAUGGAGGAACUGGAUAUCAGUUUCGGUUAAUGGUCAAUAGAGUAGGGUCCUAUAUUAUGACAAAGCUCAAGAUUUCAAUUGAAUUUUUCAAAUUGAAAGUACAGUCUUUAUUUUGAGCACUGGACCAGAUAGACUCUGGUCGGCUAACAGAGGUCCACGGUUUAGUAUCAAAGAUAGAAGCAUACAUCCUGUAGGCAAGAGAAAUAUUUCCGCAAAAACAGUUUCAUUUUUCUAGUAGUCGAGAGGUGCUAUUUAUUAUGCAACGUAUUGCUUACAGUGUAUGUUACUAGAAUGCAAAUUUUACAUCAGUACUUCAAAGUAAACAAGCAACACGCUCAAUUUUCAAACAAACAGACCAUGACAAUGAUUUCCGCAUCCGAUUUUUUGAGUAAACUUUUUAGUUAAAUGAGAAAGCUUUGUACAAAGCCGGGCUCAACUACCUCGCGACUCAUUCAUGUUAUGCCUUGUAUCCGUGACUAUCUCAGAAGAUGACAUUUUCAAAACUCAGUAAAGAGCAAGACUGAACUCAGCAUCGCGUUUGCGGAAUUUUUUAGACGGCUUUAAGUGGAGAAAUCGCCUUGUUUACGAUGAGAAUACUAUAGAUACACUAAAGCACUCGUGACAGGCAGCAGAGACGACAAUUUAUUACAAAAGUAUACUGGCUGGUCUAAAGUUUAACAAAGGGUCCUGUUUGAAAUUGUCAGUAUUGUUUUUAAGUUACUUGAACUUGUGUUUCGCGCUAACAGAAAACAAAGUUGCGGUAACUGAGGAGUGAAUGUGUAGAAGAGCGUAUUUCACUGGCGUCAGAAAAAGAAAACACAUAUUGAAUAAUGCAAAUAUACUAUGUACAAUCCAGUUCAGGCGUAGUCCUAAAACUUGGACUUCUCUCAGAAUAGCAUUCUUCAUUAUAUAAUAAAGCUUCUAUAAAACAGAAAUCGAACACCCGUUACCCCACCUUUGCUUCUCACCGCCCCACCCUCCCUUCGCUAGCCCAAUUACUCUUCUAAAACCUCUCUUUCCUUAUUUAUACAUGCAAAGAAAACAAAGUGGAAAUUUCUCUUCACUGGAAUCGCGAUUUUUCAAACCACUUUGCAUGGGAAAGGAAAUUUGUUCCAGUUAUCGGCAUUUUGAAGAUCGGUGGUAAACAGUGUUUGGCUGUUGAAGGGAAGCUAGGUUUGCUUCAAAAUAUGGGGAAUUUCAAGACACCGAGAGUUCGAGAAUCGUGAUUCUAUUGUACUUCACCGAUCGCUCUGAACAACAGUAAAGCAAGAUGGCUUGAAAGAAUCCUUGUUUCGCUCAACAAGGAAGUUGCAUCAUAGAUUAAUUCCUUGUCGUCUCUCAGCUCACGGUUUGCUGGAAAGUAUGUAUUCAAUAGUUUUAUCAUGUUAAAACUUAGACGGAGGCUAAUAUAAAAUGUCGGUUCUGAUCUAGUUUUACUACAAAUUUCUCAAUGCAAUCGCAUAGAAACCAGGAGCACCUGUCGACAGCUUUCUGUGGAUUAUCUGUUCGGAGAAGCAAAUAUUGCCUAGAAUCUUCUAUUACUUGAGGACGGCUAACACUUUCUAGAUGACCGUUCCACUCAUAUAUAAUUUUCGAAACUUAUCUAAUAAAUUCCCUACGAUUUUCUAAAGUUUAAUUUUCUCAUUUCACUUCCAAAGUUAUGCCAUUUUUCGUGGAGAAAAGGAAACCUAAAAUUUUCGGGCUCAAAAAUUCAAAGGGGAGCUUGAGAAAUCAGAAGAUGUCUCACUUUGGUAAUACGUCAAACUGCAUCUAAGAUUUUCGGGAAAUUAAUACUUAAUCCCCUGUAAUUUCGAAAAUACACAAGUUCCCCUAGUGUGACAGAACAAAGUCAGAUUUUAUAACGUCACUUAGAAAUCAUUUCUAGACAUCUAAAAGUACUCUGGAUUGCCUAAAAAGUGUUAUCAAUGUAUUUAGGAGGAAACCGUCCAUUGGGUGCCCGUGAGAAACCGCAUUCACAUCAGUUGCUGAUUCCUUUCAUUUCGAUUCAGUUACUCGAUCGACUUCGGAAUACAAAAAUGUACAAUUUCAUAGCACAUAUCAAUGAAGAAGUUGAUCAUGUGUCCAAGCAAAGAUAAAAUAGAAAUAAAAUACUGAAAAGUGUCGUUAAAAACUGAACUAUUAAAUAUAACCCAGUUUCCAAAAAACGACGUAUAGCGACAGAGAAUCUCUGAUCGGGACUAGAAAUUAAAGUGACCGAUUGAUACAAAAAGAGCCAUGCGUCAUAAAAUCUAUACAUUUUCGCAGUCUUUUUUCCUCAGUCAGUUUACUCAAGCCAUCAUCCCAGUACAUUUGCGUUCUCAACCAAGAAGAGGUACGUAACCAAGUAAGACGAAAAAUGAACGGGUCAGAAUCUGACGAAAUAUUAAAAGAAAAAUCGUCGAAAAAAAAGGACAGCAAAUAUAUAUCAUCGAGCACUAAAAAUCUUCAGUGGAUGGGUUGUUAAAGAGAGAUUUCGGGUUACGUGUGACUUAUGAAGCAGAUCUUGAGUGAGAGCGAACGUGUAAUAAGAUUUAGAAGUCUUAGAAGUUCCACGACUUUCGCAUCUUUCAUUUCGUUUUCACAUAGUCAGUAUGAAAAGUGUUUUCACCCAUUAAUUUGCGACUCAAAAAACCAAUUCUGGAUUGGUGACGCAAUAUGAAAAUUCAGAAAGAUUUUAAAUUUAAUAAUCUCCUAUAUAAUUGGUCCUCCGGUCGUAAAGAGACCAAGAGAGUGCCGUAUCAGUGUUAAUUAAGAAACUAAAUAUUACAAAAACAGGGACUCCAGUUUUCUUCUAUUUUUUCCAAGUCCGAGGUAAUAGAUCCAUGAUUACCCUUCAUGUAUGCUGUGGCUCGCAGUAAAAGAUGCCAUUUUAUUGGAUGAAUCACUGACUGACAAAAACAAACACUACAGCCAAUAGCAUUGCUCGUUAGAACAUAGAUACAAUGUCCUCUUAACCUGUUUCUACGAACAUAGAAUGAUGAUUCAUGAAUAUCACAAAAUAGUCGGGAAAACGAAGACAAGACAAGAAUUAAGACUCAAAAACAAAAGCAGAGUAGGUUUGUAUAUUUUUACUUAGCCGUGGAUUCUUUAAAAGUUACAAUUUUACGUAUUAAUCACAAUUUUCCUAUUUUCUCUUACUUUUCUGUCACAACUGUGGGGCAACUGCAAGUCUUAGAGGUAAGUUGAAUGCCUCAUAAUAAACCGUGUUGGUGUGAGGUUUUGAAAAACAUCUCCGUCGAUUUUUUUAGAAAAUGUUUUAGAAAUAAACUCGUCAAAAGGCGAAUAUUUUAGACUGAUUAAUCCUCCCAAAACUAAGCCUCUGGUGGUCUGAUAAUAAGUUAGCCUCUCGUUGUACUAGCUUCACUCUCGAGAGUGAAUUCAGUUAAAAAUUUUUUAGUUGAACAGUGCUUUUUCAUAUGUUUUCAAGCUAACAACCGUGCAUGUUAAUCAGUCAAGAAAUGAUGUGAACUCAUUCAAGGGCAUUCUUCAGAAUUGACAGAGCUACUUCAAGGAGUCAAAAUUGUCAGAGGUAAAAACAGGGAAAGAAACGAGGAUAUCUUUCGGGAAGUUCACUGCCUGGGCCAGUUAGACAAGAACCUGUUUAGCCUAAAAUUUGAAACAGGUUCUUAUUUAAAAAUAGUGUUUUAAAAACAUUUUGUACUCUUGGAAAAUUAAAAAAAGUCAACAUUCAAGGUCCCGUUUGGAGACAUAGGUGCUUUAUCAAUCCAACUGGAAUGAAUUGGUAUGCAGUGAUUUUAUGUAAGGAAUAAGCUGAAUACAACUAAAUACUCUUAGCUACAAUGUAUUUUUUCCUUCAGAGAAUCAGAAGAACCUCUUUAAGAACCUAAACAGCCUAAAUUUGUGCCAAUUACCAUUUAUGUAAGAACCUGUUUAGGCUAAAUUGGGAAAAUGCAGCUUCUUAGUCGCAGGUUUUUACUGAAUAGCCUGAAUAAAUAUUUUGAUUAUGGCAAAUGUGUCGCAUGCAAAAUUUUCCAAGAAUUACAUGUGCAGAGAACAUAACUGAUUGUCUUCAUUCGUCAAAUUAACACGUCAUUGCCCUUCAAACUUGGUUUAACUUGUAUCUCGAAGGAAGUUUAAAACAGUUCUUAUCAUUGGCCGGUCUUCAAAAUAAUUCCUUAACGUCAUGGAGCCUUCCAACUCGUUUUAACUUGCAACUUAAUUGAAACAAAAGGAGUACAUGACUUCUUUCAAUUGGUCAAUUAAGACCGACUGAUUUACAUGUAGCCAAUAAGAAUACUUCUAGUAACUUACAUUUAACAAUCUUUCAAACUUGUCCAAAACACGUUUUUACGUAAAGUUGGUCAAAAUAGGGCAUAAAAACCUUCGUACUGUCAAAAAAGUCAUCAUUCCUCUUCGGAUCAUUACAGUCGUUCAUACAAGCAAGGUAGGACUUGAGUCAAUGUUUCCAACAAUCUUUCUUAUCAAACUAAUGUACUCAGUUUAAUUUAACGAUAGCUUGGAGUUCUUUUCACGUGGUUUUAAUUUGAACUGUUUGUUUUCACGAAAUAUUUAAAUGUAAAGCUUACUGCUACUAGCCUUGUUUUGUUGCGCUCAAAUCUUAAGCGAACGCUUCAACGAAAUGUCCAAAAGUUUUGAGUGUCCGUGUAAGUCCGACAUAUAAUUGCAACGACCACCAUGGUAAAGUUUUCAAGUAAUGCUAAAAGCUGACCUGAAAUUGACGAAUGAAAUCUGAUGAAACUAAUAUUUUUUCUCCAAAACAAAUAGUAACUUUGCCACAGAUCAUCAAUUCGCGUUGCUUGUUAUCUGCAUUUUGAAUUUCUUUUUUUUUUUUUUUAGCAAAUCAUUGAAACGGAUGCCUUUUUAAAGGUACUCGACAAUAAUUUUGAGCGUAUUCCUGUUUUCACAGGUUACCUCAUCAUGCAAACCUUUAUGAAGAUACCGCUGGCUACUGUGUUUUGCGGGCUGCUCUUACUGCUGAUUACCUUGUGUUCUGCAAAUGACAACAACAGCAGCAAACCACGUGACAAGGUGAGUUUGUGUAAUCAAACAUUGUAAUAUAUAGCUUUAAUGUAUGAGAAGUGAAAGUCAGUCAAUGGUACCUGAACUAUUAACCUGAAAGAAUUGAGUGAGGUAGAAUGAAUGAACGGUGAUUUUUUAUUUAAGGAUGCUUGACUGAGGUUGAUUGAUUGACUUAAUCAAUUGAUCAUGAAUUUAUAACGGAAUGAAUUUUUACAUUUUUCAUUUAGAGUAUUCCUCAACAGACUUCACCUUGUGGUCAUGGUGGGUGUUUCUGUGCACCAGGAAUUCCAGGCAUCCCAGGAAGCCCUGGACCCGCGGGACCAGCAGGUGUUGCGGGAUCACCCGGUAAUCAUGGACCUGAAGGACCCAUGGGCCCACGAGGAAACAAAGGUGAUGAAGGAGCUCGUGGAAGACCGGGACCACCAGGCGUCAAAGGAGUUAAAGGACCUGCAGGCCCGGCAGGUCCACGUGGGGACAAAGGUAAAGCAGGUUCAGCUGGUUCCCCUGGAAACAAGGGUGAUACAGGUGCACGUGGAAGUCAAGGUCCCCCAGGUCCCAAGGGUGCUCCAGGAUCGUUUGGUCGUAAUUGGAAACAAUGCGUUUUUAAGAAUCUGAACGAUGGAAGGGAUUCUGGAUUGAUAAAGGUAACAAUUGAGUUGGUCUUUCUAGAUUAUAUAAAUUAAUCCGAAGCAAAUUAGUAAGUGUGGUUAUGACCGAUUUAAAAACAAAUUAAUACUUCACAAAGAAAAAAGAAAAGAAAUUAAUGUUUAAUAAGAGUCUUUAUAUCUGAUAAAGACAAGGCUAAACUUUACGUCCAAUUUUUUAGACCAAACUGACCCCAAAUCGAAAUAUUAGUGCAAGAGUAAAGAAUCUAUAUCAGAGAUUUUGAAGCCGUUCAGAAACUCACAAUCGUGUAUUAUCAGGUUUAAAAACUCGAGGCGAGUCGUUUGAGAAAAGAAAAAUGCGUGUUUCGGAACUUGUGCGAGCUAUCCAUGGAAUGAUACAAAAUGAAGGGAAAAGGUCCAAUUCAUCAGUUUAAGAUAUACGUACAUUAUAUGUCUGAAUUUGAGUGAAUUUCGCAGGGGCGUAGAACCCUUAACGCAAAUACGCACGUGCGUACUUGAGAAAUUGGUACGAUUUUUUUUAUAGAUUUUCUGUUAUAAUUAAAAGUCAUUUGUAGCGUCGUGGCUUGACUUUGUAUCGUGCAGAUUUGUUUCUGUCUGUCUCGUUGUUAUUCCGCAUCGUUUUAACACGGUAUAUACAACAGCUUGAGUAGUGGAAUGAGAUAAAUUCGAAACAUUCUUGAAAUGUUUGCCUCCAGGCGAUCCCACAAUACUUUGCGUAUUCAUGAAAAACGGAAAAGAAUUUCGGUUCACCUCCCUGAUCUUUCUUCUUUGGCCAUUUUAAAGGAGUGCAUUUUCAAGAAAGCAUCAGACACUACUGGACUGCGCGUCUUUUGGAGUGGCAAUCUUCGUCUCGCUAACUGCCAUGCAUGCUGCAGACGAUGGUAUUUCACUCUCAACGGUGCAGAGUGUUCAACACCAGGUGCCAUUGACGGUGUAGUCUACAUGGUACAUGGAAAUGGCGGCAAAAGGACUUACACCGUCCACGUCACAUUGAAGGAGUCUGUGAGAAAAUCCACAAGGGUACUGUUCGCGUGGGAUUCUGGGUCGGUAAUUGCGCAGGUUACGGAUCUGCUGAUGCUUACACAGGCUGGAACUCAGUGUCCCGGAUAUACGUGGAAGAAGUACCUCCCCCACAGGCUUAAUAACAGCAAAGCCACAGGUUUUGUUUCACUUUGAAAGAUAAUCAUGAACAGAGUAAUAUUUCGGGGAUGAUCAGUAAGCAAACUAAAGUAAAUUUUCAUUAUUAGAGCCAUGGGUUUAGGUUUCCGCAUUAAAUAUCUUUUGAAAGUGCAACAUGUAAGGUAAGACCCUAAAAAAACGUUCCAUUUUGAUUACUUCUGCAUUAUAAAAUAUUACAAGGUGACAACAAUGUUUGAGCGACUUUUUUUAGCUCAAUAAAUAAAAGGGCUUUGAAAUAAAAUAACUUGUGCGUGAAAUAUGAAUUUACUACCCUCCCGACCUUAAUUUUCCGUUUGUUAUCUUCUACCCGAUUCCUUGGUUUAUCAUUUUACAAUAAAGUAACAGAAGUCAGCAUCAAAGUCCGAGCGAUUAGUUAUCUUCAGCUGAUGGUACAAAAAAAGGGGCACUCAAAGACCGACCCUGUUUGGUAAAUUUGGAAGUUUCCUAAAUACUAUUUAGCUGUUCGGUUGUCUUGGAGAAACUUUAAUCGUCUCGAAAGUUAAAGGUGGCUUUUUUGUCUCAUCUGAUCUGAAACUGUUAGGUACCCUAAUGGGUCCGAUCGUAAUUUUGAGGACAUGGAGUAGCCGCACCUUAAGUAGAAGAUUCUACGGAACGUUUUUAAUUUUUACUGAAAUGUUUGGGAGAUCUUUUUAAACAAUAAUCGCGCGUAAUAGCUCGGUAAUAAAAUGUGAAAAACUCAAACUCCCAAAUCGAAAAAAUCGUAUGAAACCGAAUAGUUUAGAGGAAUGUAACUUUUAUCCACAAAAUUCUAGCCUUUCCCGAAAGAUUUCGAGGAAUUAUUUUCUCUUUCGAACCGAAAUUUGUCUCGAAUCUCAUUUUGAAAGUGAUGCCGUGGGACUGUCGUUGCAAAAUGCUACUGAUAAUUUUACACGUGAAGAGCUAAAACUGAGCUCGUAUGAAGAAUGAGGUUACGGAAAUAAGACCGCGAUGAUAUAAUGCUGAAUUCAGAACAGAGAAAGGUCUUUUCACACUAAAAUUUUAGUCACAGCCACUUCGUCGCGGAUGCUAAACCUUCACUCACGAAAUCAAAUUGUUACGUGGUAACAUUUGAGUCUUCAAUCAGGUAAAUUUAUUCCUUUGUUGGGGAAAAAGAAAAGUGUUUGACCAGAGAUCAAAACGGUUGACUUAUUGAAGAAAUUUUGGAUCGGUAACUUUUGCGCAUUCCCGAACUUUAAAUGCUACAAUUUAGCAUCUGGAACACUGGAACUGCAGCAUAGUCCCGCACUUAAAAAGAAAUGUUUGGGUCUUUUUAGCUAAGGAGAAGAGCUUCCUUUUGGCUUGACAGAAAACGGCUUGGCUAGCAUCAAAAGAUGUGUUUCAGCAAAAUUCCCAAAUGCAAAUCGGUUAAUAAUAAUAGUAAAAAUAAUGCUGAUGACGAUGACGUCGAUGACGAUGAUAAUAACAAUCGAAAAAGGAGAAGCUUAUCAUUAAGUUCCGAAGUCCAUUUUAUUGCUGAAUAUACGGGUAAUUUGGAAGGUGAACACUGCCUUGGAUAUAGUUCAAUCUUUUGAACUCAAUAAUGAUGGUCAGUUAACAAAUACAUUUGUAUCACGGUCUUUAGCCGUUAACUGGGAAUGCACUUUUCCAGAAAGUUUCCAUGACCACCCAUUAGGCCACAAGGAUUAUACCUGAAAAGUUUUACAUCAGGCCUCAGUUGUUCAAAAGCUGGAUUGUGCUAUCCACCGAAUAAAUCACUAUCCAACGGGAGGGAGACCAAUUGCGCUAUCCAUUGGAUAGUGUUUUAUCCAGUGGAUAGCGGUAUCCGCCUUUUGAACAACUGGGGCCUGUACUUUUAGUUGUGUUACAAAGACUAUCGAGGAAGCGAAUGGACCAUAAGAACAAGUUUAAAAAUAAAGCCAGGGUGAUUAAAUAUGUUCUCCAAGUGUUAAAACGUAGCAAAGAAUUCCUCCCACUCUCAUUACCUCAUGAGGUAAUAUUAUGAGGAACAUACAAAAGGUUAAAAUUGGUUACAAAGUGGUUCAAUACUAUUCUACAUCUGCUGCUAAGGAAUAGAUAGAUAUAUAAAUUAUGAUAAAUACACAAAUCAAGCUAAUAUGCAUCUUGUUCCAUACUUGCUGCAUUGCCACAGCUUCAAAAGAUGAAGUUACUUCUUCUUUUUGCCACCUCCCUUCUUCUUGAGUGGCUUAUUUUUACCUCUCAUUGCUGCAGGCUUCACUACUUUUAGUGGUUUGGACUGCUUUCCAACUGCUACCUGAGUAAGCUCUUGCUCUAUCUUGGCUUUAAUAGUUACUUCCGAAAAAGCAAAAGAAAUUAAUGUUUAAUGAGUUUCUUUAUAUCUGAUAAAGACACGACUAAAGACUCUACCUAUUGUUUCAAUUCGACUGAUCAAGGAUGAUACUGUGACAUUAAGAGCAAGCUUUACAUAGCAGCAGUACUUAUCUCCAAAGAAGAAAGCUGUUUCGUUUAAUUUGAAAAGUAGAGCUGAAUAUCUCUGUCGAUCCAGAAAGAUAGAUUUCCGGGGAGGGAAUUGUCGUAACAAAAAAACCGUGCCCAUACGUUGGAAAAUUGGAAUUAAGCCCCUCAAUUGGGUGUGGCUCCAGCUUGAUUUGACCACUGACUCGUCCCCAGUCGUCUCUUAUUAUUUUCUAAGCGGUCAAGGAACGGUUGCGGGAGACUAUUACGGCACUGGUGCGAAGGGGACGAUGGGAAGGUGAAAGGGGAAAUGAAGUCUUUUUCCUCCUUCCCAUCAUCCCCUGCACUUCCCUUUACCACGCUUCUCUCCUUAAUAUUAAUAGGGAGACUGAGAGACAACUGGGGACGAGUCAGGAUUUGACCCCAAUACUCCAACACAAUGACGGCAUUUGCUACUUUUACUUAGCUUAAUCUUUAUGCACAACCCUCAGCAAUUUAUUAUGGGUUAAGAGUAAUCUUUUUCCUUUCUGAACACCCUAUAAGUCAGACCAAAAUCUGAAAUUUCUACUGCUAAAAGUGACGACGAGGAUCACCGUCAUUUUCAUAUGGGAAUCAGGCAUAUAAACAAUUAUUAAAAAAUUACAUCGAUUCGAAAUUCAUUCUGCCUUGGAACUUUCGCGCAGCGGCUUUAUUAGGCUGUCGCCUCGCAUCCUCGCGUCUUCGCGACGCUGUUCCUUAGCAAUAGAGAGAUUAAGAUUCACGUUUACAGCACACGGCAAACGCCAAACGUCAGUUGAGAAUUUCUCAAAAUAGAAAAAAAGCAGACAAAAACAGUCCAGAACGAUUCUUGUGGAUAAAACUGGCAUAAAACUACUUAUUUUUGUGUAGAAGCAAUAAACAGUAAACGAAAAAUAAGGGGAAAACUUGGUCACGUGGUACAAAUUCACGUUUGCCGUUUGGCGUAAACGUGAAUCUUAAUCUCUCGAAACUUCAAGGGAAAUCGAAAAAAGUUCGAGCUAUCGGGAAUUCGAGUUAUCGGGAGCUCGAAGAAAAUAGCCGGGAGUAAGGAAAAAAACAGUUUUUACGGCACAGUAACCAUUUUAAUCACAUUUAAUUGUAGAAAUGCCAAGUGAAAAUUAAAAGAUUCUUCUUGAUUAUAAAUCAGAGUGUAACGUAAUAAAUAGCUUAAUUAGAGCAUGAGUUUUACUGUUUUGAGAAGUAAAGCUGUUUCACGUUAGAUUUGUGACAAACAAGAUCAGCCUCCACUAGUUAACUAUAAUAUGCCUACAACACGUCAAUGGGAAAUUCAAAAUUCAAUGUUUCGGACGCCAGAAGACUUUUUUCCCCGACUUUUUAAGGUUUUAAGGGCUCAAACAUGGUUCGAGUUAUCGAGGGUAAAAUUGCGUAGAAAUGAUCUGAGGGGAAACAAAAACUGCUUCGAGUUAGCGGGAGAUUCGAGUUUCCGAGGGUAAAAUUACAGUAAAUGUAUGACGAAAAUCCAGGGGAAAUCGAUUUUGGUUAGAGGUAGCGCGAGGUUCUGGUUAGCGGGAGUCAACUGUAUUCCUUCCUGGGCGUGAGUAGCGCGACUGAGUUCGGCAAGGCAGUAGCUGACUACAUUUGAAACACGCUCCAAGCCGUGGAAUGCCUAAGUGUAAGAUCGCGAGGAAAUACGAGUUGAACCAAAAUUAAGGGAAACCAGUUUUUUUUUUACCUGAUUUGCUACCGUACAUAAACACCUAAGGUUCAUUUCGUUUCUAGUAGCUUCUGGUCUCAACUCCUUUGACAGUGUCUGAUCACAAGUCAUACAAUCAAUACAGUUGAGCUAACUGUCAGCGCAGUUUCUUUGUAAUUAUAAAUCAUUAAAAAUUUCACUGUUAAUAUUAUAAUGGGACUAUACUUUUUACAAAUCAUUGCGCUCAGACUUGUGCUUGUAUCAGACGAUUAAGAGUUACAUGGAUUUUUUUAAGAUGGAGGAACUGGAUAUCAGUUUCGGUUAAUGGUCAAUAGAGUAGGGUCCUAUAUUAUGACAAAGCUCAAGAUUUCAAUUGAAUUUUUCAAAUUGAAAGUACAGUCUUUAUUUUGAGCAGUGGACCAGAUAGACUCUGGUCGGCUAACAGAGGUCCACGGUUUAGUAUCAAAGAUAGAAGCAUACAUCCUGUAGGCAAGAGAAAUAUUUCUGCAAAAACAGUUUCAUUUUUCUAGUAGUCGAGAGGUGCUAUUUAUUAUGCAACGCAUUGCUUACAGUGUAUGUUACUAGAAUGCAAAUUUUACAUCAGUACUUCAAAGUAAACAAGCAACACGCUCAAUUUUCAAACAAACAGACCAUGACAAUGAUUUCCGCAUCCGAUUUUUUGAGUAAACUUUUUAGUAAAAUGUGAAAGCUUUGUACAAAGCCGGGCUCAACUACCUCGUGACUCAUUCAUGUUUAUGCCUUGUAUCCGUGACUAUCUCAGAAGAUGACAUUUUCAAAACUCAGUAAAGAGCAAGACUGAACACAGCAUCGCGUUUGCGGAACUUUUUAGACGGCUUUAAGUGGAGAAAUCGCCUUGUUUACGAUGAGAAUACUAUAGACACACUAAAGCACUCGUGACAGGCAGCAGAGACGACAAUUUAUUACACAAGUAUACUGGCUGGUCCAAAGUUUAAGAAAGGGUCCUGUUUGAAAUUGUCAGUAUCGUUUUUAAGUUACUUGAACUUUUUGUGUUUCGCGCUAACAGAAAACAAACUUGCCGUAACUGAGGAGUGAAUGCGUAGAAGAGCGCAUUUCACUGGCGUCAGAAAAAGAAAACGCAUAUUGAAUAAUCCAAAUAUACUAUGUACAAUCCAGUUCAGGGUUAGUCGUAAAACUUGGACGUCUCUCAGAAUGGCAUUCUUCAUUAUAUAAUAAAGCUUCUAUAAAACAGAAAUCGAACAAAGAAAAAAAAUCCCCUCAUCACCCCCCCGUUACCCCACCUUUACUUCUCACCGCCCCACCCUCCCUUCCCUAGCCCAAUUACUCUUCUGGAACCUCUCUCUUUUUUUAUUUAUACAUGCAAAGAAAACAAAGUGGAAAUUGCUCUACACUGGAAUCGCGAUGUUUCAAACCACUUUGCAUGAGGAAAGGAAAUUUGUUCCAGUUAUCGGCAUUUUGAAGAUCGGUGGUAAACAUUGUUUGGCUGGUGAAGGGAAGCUAGGUUUGCUUCAAAAUAUGGGGAAUUUCAAGACACCGAGAGUUCGAGAAUCGUGAUUCUAUUGUACUUUACCGAUCGCUCUGAACAACAGUAAAGCAAGAUGGCUUGAAAGGAUCCUUGUUUCGCUCAACAAGAAGUUGCAUCAUAGGUUAAUUCCUCUCAGCCCACGGUUGACCCAUAAAUUGUCUCCUAGAAGACGAAACCUUGAUAAAUGGAUUUCUGGAAGGUAUGUAUUCAAUAGUUUUAUCAUGUUAAAACUUGGACGGAGGCUAAUAUGUCGGUCCUUUUCUAGUUUUACUACAAAUUUCUCAAUGCAAUCGCAUAGAAACCAGGUGCACCCGUCGACAGUUUUCUGUGAAUUAUCUGUUCGGAGAAGCAAAUAUUGCCCAGAAUUUUUCUUACUUGAGGAGGGCUAACACUUUCUAGAUGACCGUUCCACUCAUAUUUAAUUUUCGAAACUUAUCUAAUAAAUUCCCUACGAUUUUCUAAAGUUUAAUUUUCACAUUUCACUUACAAAGUUAUGCCACGGUUUCGUGGAGAAAAGGAAACCUAAAAUUUUGGGACUCAAAAAUUCAAAGGGGAGCUUGAGAAAUCAGAAAAUGACUCACUUUCGUAAUACGUCAAACUGCAUCUAAGAUUUUCGGGAAAUUAACACUUAAUAGGGCCUGUAAUUUCGAAAAUAUACGCAAGUUCCUCUAGGGUGACCGAGACAGAAAUCAGAAAAUGACUCACUUUCGUAAUACGUCAAACUGCAUCUAAGAUUUUCGGGAAAUUAACACUUAAUAGGGCCUGUAAUUUCGAAAAUACGCAAGUUCCUCUAGGGUGACCGAGACUAGAGAUUAAAGUGAUCGAUCGAUACAAAAAGAGCCACGCGUCAUAAUUAAAUCUAUACAUUUUCGCAGUCUUUUUUCCUCAGUUUUACUCAAACCGUCAUCCCAAUACAUAUGCGUUCUUAACCAAGAAGAGGUACGUAACCAAGUAAGACGAAAAAUGAACGGGUCAGAAUCUAAAGAAAUAUUAAAAGAAAAAUCGUUCAAAAAAAGGACAGCAAAUAUAUAUCAUCGAGCACGAAAAAUCUUCAGUAGAUGGGUUGUUAAAGAGAGAUUUCGGGUUACGUGUGACUUAUGAAGCAGAUCUUGAGUGAGAGCGAACGUGUAAUAAGAUCUAGAAGUCUUAGAAGUUCCACGACUUUCGCAUCUUUCAUUUCGUUUUCACAUAGUCAGUAUGAAAAGUGUUUUCACCCAUUAAUUUGCGACUCAAAAAACCAAUUCUGGAUUGGUGACGCCAUAUGAAAGUUCAAAAAGAUAUUAAAUUUAAUAAUCUCCUAAAGAAUUCGUCCUCCGGUCGUAAAGAGACCGCGAGAGUGCAGUAUCAGUGUUACUUAAGAAACUAAAUAUUACAAAAACAGGGACUCCAGUUUUCUUCCAUUUUUUCCAAGUCCGAGGUAAUAGAUCCAUGAUUACCCUUCAUGUAUGCUGUGGCUCGCAGUAAAAGAUGCCAUUUCAUUGGAUGAAUCACUGACUGACAAAACAAACACUACAGCCAAUAGCAUUGCUCGCUGGAACAUAGGUAUACAAUGUCCUCUUAACCUGUUCCUACGAGCAUAGAAUUAUGAUUUAUCAAUAACACAGAAUAGUCGGGAAAACGAACACAAGUCAAGAAUUAAGACUUAAAAACAAAAACAGAGUAGGUUUGUAUAUUAAAGUGACAUUUUACGUAUUAAUCACAAUUUUCCUAUUUUCUCUUAUUUGCAGUCACAACUGUUGUGCAACUGGAAAUCUUAGAGGUAAGUUGAAUGCCUCAUAAUUAACCGUGUUGGUGUGAGGUUUUGAAAAACAUCUCCGUCGACUUUUUUAAAAAAUGUUUUAGAAAUAAACUCGUCAAAAGGCGAAUAUUUUAGACUGAUGAAUCCUCCCAAAACUAAGCCUCUCGUGGUCUGAUAAUAACUAAGCCUCUCGUUGUAUUAGCGUCACUCUCGAGAGUGAAUUCAGUUAAAAAUUUUUCAGUUGAACAGUGCUUGCACACCUUAGGGAGAAUUUUUUUCGGAUUUUUCAUAUGUUUUCAAGCUAACAACCGUGCAUGUUAAUCAGUCAAGAUAUGAUUUGAACUCAGUCUAUCAAAAAAGCGUUGCAGUAGUUCUUUUUAGUUGUGCCAAAAAUCUAAAGGGCAUUCUUCAGAAUUGACUGAGCUUCUUCAAUUCAAGGAGUCGAAAUUUUCAGAGGACACAUUAAAAAUAAAAAGAGAGAGAAAUGAGGAUAUCGUUCGGGAAGUUCACAGCCUGGGCCAGUUAGACAAGAACCUGUUUAGCCUAAAAUUUGAAACAGCUAGGUUCUUAUUUAAAAAUAGUGUUUUAAAAACAUUUUGUACACUUGGAAACUAAAAAAGUCAACAUUCAGGAAUCCCGUUUGGAGACAUCCAACUGGUAUGCAGUGGUUUUAUGUAACGAAUAAGCUGAAUACAAUUAAAUACUCCUGGCUACAAUGUAUUUUUUCUUUCAGAGCAUCAGAAGAACCUAUUUAAGAACGUAAAUAGCCUAAAUUUGUGCUAAUUAUCAUUUACGUAAAAGCCUGUUUAGGCUAACUUGGGAAAUGCAGUUUCUCAGUCGCUGGUUUUUGCUGAAUAACCUCUAAAGCGUCUUUGGAAAAGUUACACUGAUAAAUAUUUUGAAUAUGGCAAAUGUGUCGCAUGCAAAAUUUUCCAAGAAUUACAUGUGCAGAGAACAUGAAUGAUUGUCUUCAUUCGUCAAAUCAACGCGUCAGUGCCCUUCAAAGGAAGUUUAAAACAGUUCUUAUCAUUGGCCGGUUUUGAAAAUAAUUGCUUAACGUCAUGAAGCCUUCCAACUCGUUUUAACUUGCUACUUAAAUAAAACAAAAGGAGUACAUGACUCCUUUCAAUUGGUCAAUUAAGACCGACUGAUUUACAUGUAACCAAUAAGAAUACUUCUAGUAACUUACAUUUAACAAUCUUUCAAACUUGUCCAAAACACGUUUUUACGUAAACUUGGUCAAAAUAGGGCAUAAAAACCUUCGUACUGUCAAAAAGGUCAUCAUUCCUCUUCGGAUCAUUACAGUCGUUCAUACAAGCAAGGUAGGACUUGAGUCAAUGUUUCCAACAAUCUUUCUUAUCAAACUAUUACUCAGUUUAAUUUAACGAUAGCUUGGAGUUCUUUUCACGUGGUUUCAAUUUGAACUGUUUCUUUUCACGAAAUAUUUAAAUGUAAAGCUUACUGCUACUAGCCUUGUUUUGUUGCGCUUAAAUCUUAAGCGAACGCUUCAACGAAAUGUCCAAAAGUUUUAAGCGUCCGUGCAUGUCCGACAUAUAAAUGCAAGGACAUGGUAAUGUUUUCAAGUAAUGCUAAAAGCUGACCUGAAAUUGAUGAAUGAAACCUGAUGAAACUAAAAUUUUUUCUCCAAAACAAAUAGUAACUUUGCCACAGAUCGUCAAUUCGCGUUGCCUGUUAUCUGCAUUUUGAAUAUUUUUUUUAGCAAAUCAUUGAAACCGAUGCCUUUUUAAAGGUAUUCGGCAAUGAUUUUGAGCGUGCUCCUGUUUUCACAGGUUACCUCAUCAUGCAAACCUUUAUGAAGAUACCGCUGGCUACUGUGUUAUGCGGGCUGCUCUUAUUGCUGAUUACCUUGUGUUAUGCAAAUGACAACAACAGCAGCAAACCACGUGACAAGGUGAGUUUGUUUAAUCAAAUAUUGUAAUAUAUAGCUGUAAUAUAUGAGAAGUAAAAGUAAGUCAAUGGUAGCUGAACUAUUCACCUGAAAGAACUUAGUGAGGUAGAAUGAAUGAACGGUGAUUUUUUAUUUGAGGAUGCUUGACUGAGGUUAAUUGAUUGACUUGAUCAAUUGAUCAUGAAUUUAUAACGGAAUGAAUUUUUACAUUUUUCAUUUUUGAGUAUUCCUCAACAGACAUCAUCUUAUGGUUCGUGUGGUCAUGGUGGGUGUUUCUGUGCACCAGGAAUUCCCGGCAUCCCAGGAAGCCCUGGACCCGCGGGACCAGCAGGUGUUGCGGGAUCACCCGGUAAUCAUGGACCUGAAGGACCCAUGGGCCCACGAGGAAACAAAGGUGAUGAAGGAGCUCGUGGAAAACAGGGAGCACCAGGCGUCAAAGGAGUUAAAGGACCUGCAGGCCCGGCAGGUCCACGUGGGGAUAAAGGUGAAACAGGUUCAGCUGGUUCCCCUGGAAACGAGGGUGCUACAGGUGCUCGUGGAAAGCAAGGUCCCCCUGGUCCCAAGGGACCUCAAGGAGCCUCAGGUUCAGUUGGUUCCCCUGGAAACAAGGGUGAUACAGGUGCUCGUGGAAGUCAAGGUCCCCCAGGUCCCAAGGGUGCUUCAGGAUCGUUUGCUCGUAAUUGGAAACAAUGCGUUUUUAAGAAUCUGAACGAUGGAAGGGACUCUGGAUUGAUAAAGGUAACAACUGAGUUGGUCGUUGUAGAUUAUAUAAAUUAAUCCGAAGCAAAUUAACAAGUCUGGUUAUGACCGAUUUAAAAACUCAUUAAUAUUUCACAAAGAAAAAAGAAAAGAAAUUUUAAAUGUUUAAUGAGAGUCUGUAUUUGAUAAAGACAUGGCUAAACUUUGUAAACGUCCAAUUUUUUUUAGACCAAAAUAACCCCAAAUCUAAAUAUUACUGCAAGAGUGAGUUGAUCUAUAUCAGUGAUUUUGAAGUCGUUCAAAAAACUCGCAGUCGUGUAUUUUCAGGUUUAAAAACUCCUGCCGAAUCAUUUGAGAAAAGAAAAAUGCGUGUUUCGGAACUUGUGCCGGCUAUCCAUGGAAUAAUACAAAAUGCAGUGAAAAGGUCCAAUUUAUGAGUUUAAGAUAUACGUACGUUUUUUUGCAGGUUCGUAGCGCCCUUUACGCAAAUACGCACGUGCAUACUUGAGAAAUUGCUAGUACUUUUUUGUUAAAGAUUUUCUGUUAUAAGUAAAAGCCGUAUGUAGCUUCGUCUGACUUGAGUUUGUUUUGUGCAGAUUUGUUCCUGUCUGGCUGUUAUUCCGCAUCAUUUUUACCGGUAAAAAAAAAACAAAACAGUUUGAGUAGUGGAAUGUGAUAAACUCGAGCGAGACAUUCUUGAAAUGUUUACCUUCAGGCGAUCCCACAAUACAUUGCGUACUCAUGAAAAACGGAAAAGAAUUUCUGUUCACCUUGCUGAUCUUUCUUCCUUUGUUGAUUUUUAAGGAGUGCAUUUUUAAGAAAGCAUCAGACACUACUGGGUUGCGUGUCUUCUGGAGUGGCAAUCUUCGCCUUUACAACUGCCAUGGAUGCUGCAGGCGAUGGUAUUUGACUUUCAACGGUGCUGAGUGUUCAACACCAGCUGCCAUUGACGGAAUAGUAUACAUGGUACAUGGAACCAGCGGCAAAAAGAAUUUGCACCGUGUACGUCACAUAGAAGGAGUCUGUGAGAAAAUCCACAAGGGUACUGUUCGCGUGGGAUUCUGGGUCGGCAAUUGUGCUAGUUACGGAUCUGCUGAUGCUUACACAGGCUGGAACUCAGUGUCCCGGAUAUUCGUGGAAGAAGUACCUCCCCCACAGGCUUAAUAACAGCAAAGCCAAAGUUUUUGUUUCACUUUGAACGAUAAUCAUGAAUAGAGUAAUAUUUCGGGGGUAAUCAGUAAGCAAACUGAAGUAAAUUUUGAUUAUUAGAGCCAGGGGUUUACUUUUUCGCAUUAAAUCUCUUUUGAAAGUGUAGGGUUUCAAGCUUCAGAAGCUUACAUUACAUGUUCCAAGGUAACAACAAUGUUUGAGUUACUUUUUGUUAUCUCAAUAAAUAAAAGGCUUUAAAAUAAAAUAAAUUGCGUGAAAUAUGAAUCUACUACCCUUCCCGACCUUUAUUUUCCCUUUGUUAUCUUCUUCCUGAUUCAGUUUGGUUUAUCAUUUAAGAUUAUUUUUCUGUGCAUAUUUUUUACAGUAAAGUAACAAAAGUCAGCAUCAAAUUCAGAGAGAGAAGUUGUCUUCAGCUGAAGGUACCAAAAUAGGGGCACUCAAUGACCGACCCUGUUUGUUAAAUUUGGAGGUUCCCUAAAUACUAUUUAUCUGUUUGGAUGUCUUAGGGGAGGUUUAAUCGUCUCAAAAGUUUGAGAUGGCGUUUUUGUCUCAUCUGCUCUGAAACUGUUAGCUACCCUGAUGGGUCCGAUCGUAAGUUUGAGGACAUGGAGUAGCCGCACCUUAAAUAGAAGAUUCUACUGCGGAACGUUUUGAAUUUUUACCGAAAUAUUUGGAACACCUUCUUAAACAAUAAUCGCGCGCAAUAUCUUGGUAAUAAAAUGUGUAAAACGCAAACUCCCAAAUUGAAAAAAUCGUAUGAAACCGAACAUUUUAGAGGAAUGUAACUUUUAUUCACAAAAUUCUAGCCUUUCCCGAGCUUGAGAAAGAUUUCGAGGCAUUAUUUUCUCUUUCGAACCGAAAUUUGGCUAGAAUUUCAUUUUGAAAGUGCGGCCGUGGGACUGUUGUUCUAAAAUGCUACUGAUAAUUUUACACGUAAAGAGCUAAAACUGAGCUCGUCUGAAGAAUAAGGUUACGGAAAUAAGACCGCGAUAAUAUAAUGCUGAAUUCAGAACAGAGAAAGGUCUUUUCACACUAAAAGUUUAGUCACAGCCACUUCGCCGCGGAUGCCAAACCUUCACUCAGGAAAUCAAAUUGUAGCUUGACCUUAUUCGCUUAAAGAGGGAAAAUAUUUGACUGUCAAGGAUUUUUUGCCCGAUGUGGUAACAUUUGAGUCUUAAGGUAAAUUUAUUCCUUUGUUUGGGAAAAAGAAAAGUGUUUGAUCAGAAAUCAAAACGUUUGACUUAUUGAAGAAAUAUUGGAUCGGUAACUUUUGCGCAUUCCCGAUCCUUAAAUGCUACAAUUUAGCAUCUGGAACACUGGAACUGCAGCCUGAUAGUCCCCCACUUAAAAACGGAUGUUUGGGUCUUUUUGGCUAAGCAGAAGAGCUUCCUUUUGGAUAGACAGAAAACGGCUUGGCUAGCAUCAAAAGAGAUGUUUCAUCAAAAUUCCCAAUAGCAAAUGGGUUAAUAAUAAUAAUAAUGAAAAUAAUGCUGAUGACGAUGAUGAAGAUAAUAAUGAUAAUAACAAUCGAAAAAGGAGAAGCUUAUCAUUUAGUUCCAAAGUCCAUUUUAUUACUGAAUAUACGGGUAAUUUGGAAGGUGAACACUGCUUUGGAUUUAGCUCAAUCUUUUGAACUCAAUAAUGAUGGUCAAUAGUCCUCAAAAUCAAUUUUCUCUUAACGAAAUCCAUAGACUAUCCUGAGCAAAGUCUAUGAGAAUUAACAAAAUGAUCACAAAGAGAAAAUAUUUGAUCUUUUACCAAAUUCUCUCAACUAAUUCUUCAAGGAAAUGUAUGGAUAUCAGUCUGGAGAAUUUGUAUGUGGAUAUUGGGACUUAAAGGGUUAAGAAAUACAUUUGUAUCAAGGUCUUUAGUUAAACUGGGAAUGCACUUUUCCAGAAAGUUUCCAUGACCACCCAUUAAGCCACAAGGAUUAUACCUGAAAAGUUAUACAUCAGGCCUCAGUUGUUCAAAAGCUGGAUUGCGCUAUCCACCGGAUAAAUCACUAUCCAACGAAUAAGUGUUAGGGAAACCAAUUGCGCUAUUUAGUGGAUAGUGUUUUAUCCAGUGGAUAGCGUUAUCCACCUUUUGAACAACUGGGGCCUGUACUUUUAGUUGUGUUACAAAGACUAUUGAGGAAGAGAAUGGACCAUAAGAACAAGUUUAAAAAUAAAGCCAGGGUGAUUAAAUAUGUUCUCCAAGUGUUAAAACGUAGUAAAGAAUUCCUCCCACUCUCUCUCAUUACCUCAUGAGGUGAUAUUAUGAGGAACAUGCAAAAAGUUAAAAUUGGUUACAUUUACGUUGUUCAAUACUAUUCUACAUCUGCUGCUAAGGAAUAGAUAGAUACAUAAAUUUUGAUAAAUACACAAAACAUGGUAAUUUGCAUCUUGUUCUAUACUUGCUGCAUUGCUAUUUCAAAUGAUGAAGUUACUUCUUCUUUGUGCCACAUCCCUUCUUCUUGGGUGGCUUGUUUUUACCUCUCAUUGCUGCAAGCUUCACUACUUUUAGUGGUUUGGACUGCUUGCCAACUGCUACCUUAGUAAGCUCUUGCUCCCUAUUGGCUUUAACAGUUACUUCCAAAAAAGGAACAUAAAUUAAUGUUUAAUGAGUGUCUUUAUAUCUGAUAAAGACAAGACUAAACUUUACGUCCAAUAUUUUAAGCCAAAAUAACCCUAAAUCUAAAUAUUAGCAGCCCCUCCACUCCUCAUAGCGGGGAAAUUGAUUUCAUUGUAAGAUGAUGUCAGACCAAGAGAAAGGAUUUCCUUCAAUGCCUUACACUUUAAACGUCAGUUUUUAGUUUCAAAUCCCUAAUAAGUAUUAGGAAAACCAACUACGUCAUCCACUGAAUAGAGACUUAUCCAGUACUAUAACGUUGUCCCCCUUUUGUAACAACUGCGACCUGAACCUUUCAAGACUAUACAUACCGCCAAAAAUACAAUUCCAUCAAGAACAUUAUUUUUAUUCAGGUAAAGAGCAAUCAGGGGACACCUUUUGACCAAUUGUUAUCUAAAAAACUUGUUUGAUGGAUUCGAGAUAAAUAAACAGCACCUUAGUUGCAGUGAGUAUUUCAACUAGCUGGCGUUCUAGCAAUUGAAUUGUAAAACCACUCAGCAGCCUCCACCUAUUGUUUUAAUUCGACUGAUCCAGGAUGAUACUGUGAGAUUAAGAGCAAGAUUUACAUAGCAACAAUACUUACCUCUGAAGAAGAAAGCUGUUUCUUUUAAUUUGAAAGGUAGAGCUGAAUAUCUCUGUCGAUCCAGAAAGAUAAAUUUCGGGGAAGGGAAAUGUCAUAACAAAAAAACCGUGCCCGUACGUGGAAAAUUAUAGUUAAGCCCUUCAAAGCGGGAGACUAUUAGACACUGGUACGAAGGGGACGAUGGGAAGGUGAAAGGGGAAAGGAAGUCUCUUUCCUCCUUCCCAUCAUCCCUCGCACUUCCCUUCACCGCACUUCUCUCGUUAAUAUUAAUAGGAGACUGAGAGACAACUGGAAACGAGUCAGGAUUUGACCCCAAUACUCCAACACUAUGACGGCAUUUGCUACUUUUAUUUAGCUUAAUUUUUAUGCACAACCCUAACCAAUUUUUUAUGGGUUAAGAAUAAUCGCUUUCCUUUCUGAACACCCUAAAUCAGACCAAAAUCUGAAAUUUCUACUGCUAAAAGUGACCACGAGCAUCACCGUCAUUUUCAUAUGGGAAUCAAACAUACAAACAAUUACUAAAAAAUUACAUCAAUUCGAGAUUCAUUCUUCCUUGAAACUUUCGCGCACCGGCUUUAUUAGGCUGCCUCCUCGCAUCCUCGCGUCUUCGCGACGCUGUUCUUUGGCAAUAACUUAUUUCUACUUACAGUGGACUCCCGAUAACUCGAACCUUCAAGGGAAAUCGAGUUUUCGGGAGCUCGAAGAAAAUAGCCGGGAGUGAGGAAAAGAACAGUUUUUACGGCACAGUAACCAUUUUAAACACAUUUAAUUGUAGAAAUGUCAAGUGAAAAUUAAAAGAUACUUCAUGAUUAUAAAUCAGAAUGUAACGUAACAAAUAGCCUAAUUAGAGAAUGCGUUUUACUGUUUUGAGAAGUAAAGCUGUUUCACGUUAGAUUUGUGGCAAACAACAUCAGCCUCCACUAGUAAACUAUAAUAUGCCUACAACACGUCAAGGGGAAACUCAAAAUUCAAUGUUUCGGAUGCCAGUUUUCCCCGACUUUUUAAGGUUUUAAGGGAUCAAAACAUGGUUCGCGUUAUCGCGGGGUAAAAUUACAUAGAAAUGAUCUGAGGGGAAACAAAAACUAUUUCGAGUUAGCGGGAGAUUCGAGUUUCCGAGGGUAAAAUUACAGUAAGUGUAUGACGAAAAUCGAGGGGGAAUCGAUUUUGGUUCAAGAUAGCGCGAGGUUCGAGUUAUCGGGAGUCAACUGUAUUCCUUCCUGGGCGUGAGUAGCGCGACUGAGUUCGGGAAGGCAGUAGCUGACUACAUUUGAAACACGCUCCAAGCCGUGGAAUGCCUAAGUGAAAGAUCGCGAGGAAAUACGAGUGGAACCAAAAUUAAGGGAAAUCAGUCUUGUACCUAAUUUACUACCGUACAUAAACACCUAAGGUUCAUUUCGUUUCUAGUAGCUUCUAGUCUCGACUCCUUUGACAGUGUCUGAUCACAAGUAUCUAUCAUACAAUCAAUACAAUUGAGCUAAUUGUCAGCGAAGUUUCUUUGUAAUUAUAAAUCAUUAAAAAUUUCACUGUUAAUAUUGUAACUGGGGAACGUAUAUUUUUACAAAUUCAUGCUUGAAUCAGACGUUUAAGAGUUAGAUGGAUUUUUUUAAGAUGGAUGAACUGGAUAUCAGUUUCGGUUAAUGGUCAAUAGAGUAGGGUCCUAUAUUAUGACAAAGCUCAAGAUUUCAAUUGAAUUUGUCAAAUUGAAAGAACAGUCUUGUAGGGAUCAAAACUUACCUUUUUAGAUGUUCGAAAAUCCUAGGAGAGACGGGCAAGCAAGAAAUUUUACAACAAAUGUUUAGAAAAUUCUAGAUCUCAAAUCGUCUUCCGAACAGAUAUUCUUCCGAAAAUUGUCGUUGGGUGCCCCUGAAAGAGGUCCACACUUUAGUAUCAAAGAUAGAAGCAGACAUCCUGUAGGCAAGAGAAAUAUUUCCGCCAAGACAGUUUCAUUUUUCUAGUACGUAGUCGAAAGGUGCUAUUUCUUAUGCAACGUAUUGCCUACAGUGUAUGUUACUAGAAUGCAAAUUUUACAUCAGUACUUCAAAGUAAACAAUUCAAGCAACACGCUCAAUUUUCAAACAAACAGUCCAUGACAAUGAUUUCCGCAUCCGAUUUUUUGAGUAAAUGUUUUAGUAACAUGCGAAAACUUCGUACAAAGCCGGGCUCAACUACCUCGCGACUCAUUCAUGUUAUGCCUUGUAUCCGUGACUAUCUUAGAAGAUGACAUUUUCAAAACUCACUAAAGAGGAAGACUGAACACAGCAUCGCGUUUUGAAUUUUCUUUAGACGGCUUUAAGUGAAGAACUGGCCAUGUUUACAUUGAGAAUACUAUAGACCCAUGACUGAAGCACUCGUGACAGGCAGUGACGACAAUUUAUUACACAAGUAUACUGGCUGGUUUAAAGUUUAAGAAAGGGUCCUGUUUGAAAUUGUUAGUAUCGUUUUUAAGUUACUUGAACUUGUGUUUCGCGCAAACAGAAAACAAAGUUGCCGUAACUGAGGAUUGAAUGCGUAGAAGAGCACAUUUCACUGGCGUCAGAAAAAGAAAACACAUAAAUUAUUGAAUAAUCCAAAUAUACUAUGUACAAUCCAGUUCAGGCGUAGUCGUAAAACUUGGAAUUCUCUCAGAAUUGCAUUCUUCAUUAGAUAAUAAAGCUUCUAUAAAACAGAAAUCGAACAAAGAAAAAAAAUUCCCUCAUCACCCUCCCCCCCCCGUUACCCCACCUUUGCUUCUCACCGCCCUACCCUCCCUUCCCUAGCUCAAUUACUCUUCUGGAACCUCUCUUUCCUUAUUUAUACAUGCAAAGAAAACAAAGUGGAAAUUGCUCUACACUGGAAUCGCGAUUUUUCAAACCACUUUGCAUGGGAAAGCCAGUUUAGUUCUAGACUAUUCUAGUUAUCGGCAUUUUGAAGAUCGGGGGUAAACAGUGUUUGGCUGGUGAAGGGAAACUAGGUUUGCUUCAAAAUAUGGGGAAUUUCAAGACACCGAGAGUUCGAGAGUCGUGAUUCUAUUGUACUUUACCGAUCGCUCUGAACAACAGUAAAGCAAGAUGGCUUGAAAGAAUCCUUGUUUCGCUCAACAAGAAGUUGCAUCAUAGGUUAAUUCCUCUCAGCCCACGGUUGACCCAAAAAUUGUCUCCUAGAAGACGAAACCUUGAUAAAUGGAUUUCUGGAAGGUAUGUAUUCAAUAGUUUUAUCAUGUUAAAACUUGGACGGAGGCUAAUAUGUCGGUCCUUUUCUAGUUUUACUACAAAUUUCUCAAUGCAAUCGCAUAGAAACCAUGAGCACCUGUCGACAGUUUUCUGUGUAUUAUCUGUUCGGAGAAGCAAAUAUUGCCCAGAAUUUUCUUUUACUUGAGGACGGCUAACACUUUCUAGAUGACCGUUCCACUCAUAUGUAAUUUUCGAAACUUAUCUAAUAAAUUCCCUACGAUUUUCUAAAGUUUAAUUUUCUCAUUUCACUUCCAAAGUUAUGCCAUUUUUCGUGGAGAAAAGGAAACCUAAAAUUUUCGGGCUCAAAAAUUCAAAGGGGAGCUUGAGAAAUCAGAAGAUGUCUCACUUUCGUAAUACGUCAAACUGCAUCUAAGAUUUUCGGGAAAUUAAUGCUUAAUGCCCUGUAAUUUCGAAAAUACACAAGUUCCCCUAGUGUGACAGAACAAAUUCAAAUUUUAUAACGUAACUUAGAAAUCAUUUCUAGACAUCUAAAAGUACUCUGGAUUGCCUAAAAAGUGUUAUCAAUGUAUUUAGGAGGAAACCGUCAAUUGGGUGCCCGUGAGAAACCGCAUACUCGAUCGACUUCGGAAUACAAAAAUGUACAAUUUCAUAGCACAUAUCAAUCAAGAAGUUGAUCAUUUGUCCAAGCAAAGAUAAAAUAGAAAUAAAAUACUGAAAAGUGUCGUUAAAAACUGAACUAUUAAAUAUAACCCAGUUUCCAAAAAACGACGUAUAGCGACAGAGAAUCUCUGAUCGGGACUAGAAAUUAAAGUGAUCGAUUGAUACAAAAAGAGCCAUGCGUCAUAAAAUCUAUACAUUUUCGCACUCUUUUUUCCUCAGUCAGUUUACUCAAACCAUCAUCCCAAUACAUUUGCGUUCUCAACCAAGAAGAGGUACGUAACCAAGUAAGACGAAAAAUGAACGGGUCAGAAUCUGACGAAAUAUUAAAAGAAAAAUCGUCGAAAAAAAAGGACAGCAAAUGUAUACCAUCGAGCACGAAAAAUCUUCAGUGGAUGCGUUGUUAAAGAGAGAUUUCGGGUUACGUGUGACUUAUGAAGUAGAUCUUGAGUGAGAGCGAACGUUUAAUAAGAUUUAGAAGUCUUAGAAGUUCCACGACUUUCGCAUCUUUCAUUUCGUUUUCACAUAGUCAGUAUGAAAAGUGUUUUCACCCAUUAAUUUGCGACUCAAAAAACCAAUUCUGGAUUGGUGACGCAAUACGAAAAUUCAGAAAGAUUUUAAAUUUAAUAAUCUCCUAUAUGAUUGGUCCUCCGGUCGUAAAGAGACCAAGAGAGUGCCGUAUCAGUGUUAAUUAAGAAACUAAAUAUUACAAAAACAGGGACUCCAGUUUUCUUCUCUUUUUUCCAACUCCGAGGUAAUAGAUCUAUGAUUACCCUUCAUGUAUGCUGUAGCUCGCAGUAAAAGAUGCCAUUUCAUUGGAUGAAUCACUGACUGACAAAACAAACACUACAGCCAAUAGCAUUGCUCGUUGGAACAUAGGUACAAUGUCCUCUUAACUUGUUCCUGCGAGCAUAGAAUGAUGAUUCAUGAAUGUCACAAAAUAGUCGGGAAAACGAAGACAAGACAAGAAUUAAGACUCAAAAACAAAAGCAGAGUAGGUUUGUAUAUUUUUACUUAGCCGUGGAUUCUUUAAAAGUUACAAUUUUACGUAUUAAUCACAAUUUUCCUAUUUUCUCUUACUUUUCAGUCACAACUGUGGGGCAACUGCAAAUCUUAGAGGUAAGUUGAAUGCCUCAUAAUAAACCGUGUUGGUGUGAGGUUUUGAAAAACAUCUCCGUCGAUUUUUUUAGAAAAUGUUUUAGAAAUAAACUCGUCAAAAGGCGAAUAUUUCAGACUGAUUAAUCCUCCCAAAACUAAGCCUCUCGUGGUCUGAUAAUAAGUUAGCCUCUCGUUGUACUAGCUUCACUCUCGAGAGUGAAUUCAGUUAAAAAAUUUUCAGUUGAACAGUGCUUUUUCAUAUGUUUUCAAGCUAACAACCGUGCAUGUUAAUCAGUCAAGAAAUGAUGUGAACUCAUUCAAGGGCAUUCUUCAGAAUUGACAGAGCUACUUCAAGGAGUCAAAAUUGUCAGAGGUAAAAACAGGGAAAGAAACGAGGAUAUCUUUCGGGAAGUUCACUGCCUGUGCCAGUUAGACAAGAACCUGUUUACCCUAAAAUUUGAAACAGGUUCUUAUUUAAAAAUAGUGUUUUAAAAACAUUUUGUACACUUGGAAAAUUAAAAAAGUCAACAUUCAGGAGUCCCGUUUGGAGACAUAGGUGCUUUAUCAAUCCAAAUGGAAUGAAUUGGUAUGCAGUGAUUUUAUGUAAGGAAUAAGCUGAAUACAACUAAAUACUCUUAGCUACAAUGCAUUUUUUCCUUCAGAGAAUCAGAAGAACCUCUUUAAGAACCUAAACAGCCUAAAUUUGUGCCAAUUACCAUUUAUGUAAGAACCUGUUUAAGCUAAAUUGGGAAAAUGCAGCUUCUUAGUCGCAGGUUUUUACUGAAUAGCCUGAAUAAAUAUUUUGAUUAUGGCAAAUGUGUCGCAUGCAAAAUUUUCCAAGAAUUACAUGUGCAGAGAACAUAACUGAUUGUCUUCAUUCGUCAAAUUAACACGUCAUUGCCCUUCAAACUUGGUUUAACUUGUAUCUCGAAGGAAGUUUAAAACAGUUCUUAUCAUUGGCCGGUCUUCAAAAUAAUUGCUUAACGUCAUGGAGCCAUCCAACUCGUUUUAACUUGCAACUUAAAUAAAACAAAAGGAGUGCAUGACUCCUUUCAGUUGGUCAAUUAAGACCGACUGAUUUACAUGUAACCAAUAGGAAUACUUCUAGUUACUUACAUUUAACAAUCUUUCAAACUUGUCCAAACACGUUUUUACGUAAAGUUGGUCAAAAUAGGGCAUAAAAACCUUCGUACUGUCAAAAAAGUCAUCAUUCCUCUUCGGAUCAUUACAGUCGUUCAUACAAGCAAGGUAGGACUUGAGUCAAUGCUUCCGACAAUCUUUCUUAUCAAACUAAUGUACUCAGUUUAAUUUAACGAUAGCUUGGAGUUCUUUUCACGUGGUUUUAAUUUGAACUGUUUGUUUUCACGAAAUAUUAUGUAAAGCUUAUUGCUACUAGCCUUGUUUUGUUGCACUCAAAUCUUAAGCGAACGCUUCAACGAAAUGUCCAAAAGGUUUGAGUGUCCGUGUAAGUCCGACAUAUAAUUGCAAGGACCAGCAUGGUAAUGUUUUCAAGUAAUGCUAAAAGCUGACCUGAAAUUGACGAAUGAAAUCUGAUGAAACUAAUAUUUUUUCUCCAAAACAAAUAGUAACUUUGCCACAGAUCAUCAAUUCGCGUUGCUUGUUAUCUGCAUUUUGAAUUUCUUUUUUUUUUUUUUAGCAAAUCAUUGAAACCGAUGCCUUUUUAAAGGUACUCGACAAUAAUUUUGAGCGUAUUCCUGUUUUCACAGGUUACCUCAUCAUGCAAACCUUUAUGAAGAUACCGCUGGCUACUGUGUUUUGCGGGCUGCUCUUAUUGCUGAUUACCUUGUGUUCUGCAAAUGACAACAACAGCAGCAAACUACGUGACAAGGUGAGUUUGUGUAAUCAAACAUUGUAAUAUAUAGCUUUAAUGUAUGAGAAGUGAAAGUCAGUCAAUGGUACCUGAACUGUUAACCUGAAAGAAUUGAGUGAGGUAGAAUGAAUGAACGGUGAUUUUUUAUUUAAGGAUGCUUGACUGAGGUUGAUUGAUUGACUUAAUCAAUUGAUCAUGAAUUUAUAACGGGAUGAAUUUUUAAAUUUUUCAUUUAGAGUAUUCCUCAACAGACUUCACCUUAUGGUUCGUGUGGUCAUGGUGGGUGUUUCUGUGCACCAGGAAUUCCAGGCAUCCCAGGAAGCCCUGGACCCGCGGGACCAGCAGGUGUCGCGGGAUCACCCGGUAAUCAUGGACCUGAAGGACCCAUGGGCCCACGAGGAAACAAAGGUGAUGAAGGAGCUCGUGGAAGACCGGGACCACCAGGCGUCAAAGGAGUUAAAGGACCUGCAGGCCCGGCAGGUCCACGUGGGGACAAAGGUAAAGCAGGUUCAGCUGGUUCCCCUGGAAACAAGGGUGAUACAGGUGCUCGUGGAAGUCAAGGUCCCCCAGGUCCCAAGGGUGCUCCAGGAUCGUUUGGUCGUAAUUGGAAACAAUGCGUUUUUAAGAAUCUGAACGAUGGAAGGGAUUCUGGAUUGAUAAAGGUAACAAUUGAGUUGGUCUUUCUAGAUUAUAUAAAUUAAUCCGAAGCAAAUUAGUAAGUGUGGUUAUGACCGAUUUAAAAACAAAUUAAUACUUCACAAAGAAAAAAGAAAAGAAAUUAAUGUUUAAUAAGAGUCUUUAUAUCUGAUAAAGACAAGGCUAAACUUUACGUCCAAUUUUUUAGACCAAACUGACCCCAAAUCGAAAUAUUAGUGCAAGAGUAAAGAAUCUAUAUCAGAGAUUUUGAAGCCGUUCAGAAAACUCACAGUCGUGUAUUAUCAGGUUUAAAAAUUCGAGGCGAGUCAUUUGAGAAAAGAAAAAUGCGCGUUUCUGAACUUGUGCGAGCUAUCCAUGGAAUGAUACAAAAUGCAGGGAAAAGGCCCAAUUUAUCAGUUUAAGAUAUACGUACAUUAUAUGUCUGAAUUUGAGUGAAUUUCGCAGGGGCGUAGAACCCUUAACGCAAAUACGCACGUGCGUACUUGAGAAAUUGGUACGAUUUUUUUUAUAGAUUUUCUGUUAUAAUUAAAAGUCAUUUGUAGCGUCGUGGCUUGACUUUGUAUUGUGCAGAUUUGUUUCUGUCUGUCUCGUUGUUAUUCCGCAUCGUUUUAACACGGUAAAUACAACAGCUUGAGUAGUGGAAUGAGAUAAAUUCGAAACAUUCUUGAAAUGUUUGCCUCCAGGCCAUCCCACAAUACAUUGCAUAUUCAUGAAAAACGGAAAAGAAUUUCGGUUUACCUCCCUGAUCUUUCUUCUUUUGACCAUUUUAAAGGAAUGCAUUUUCAAGAAAACAUCCGAUAUCACAGGGUUGCGAGUCUUCUGGAAUGGCAAUCUUCGUCUCCGUGGCUGCCAUGAUUGCUGCAGACGAUGGUAUUUCACUCUCAACGGUGCAGAGUGUUCAACACCAGGUGCCAUUGACGGUAUAGUCUACAUGAUACAUGGAAAUGGCGGCAAAAAGGACUUACACCGUGUACGUCACGUUGAAGGAGUCUGCGAGAAAAUCCACAAGGGUACUGUUCGUGUGGGAUUCUGGGUCGGCAAUUGUGGUAGUUACGGAUCUGCUGAUGCUUACACAGGCUGGAACUCAGUAUCCCGGAUAUACGUGGAAGAAGUACCUCCCUCACAGGCUUAAUAACAGCAGAGCCAAAGUUUUUGUUUCACCUUCAAAGAUAACCAUGAGCAGAGUAAUAUUUCGGGGGUAAUCACUAAGCAAACUGAAGUAAAUUUUGAUUAUAAGAGCCAGGGGUUUAGCUUUCCGCAUUAAAUCUUUUUUGAAAGUGCAGGGUUUCAAGCUCAGAAGCUUACAUUACAUGUUACAAGGCGACAACAAUGUUUGAGCGACUUUUUUUUAUCUCAAUAAAUAAAAGGGCGUUAAAAUAAAACAAAUUG